UCUUUCUUAACCAUGUCUUUAUUUGAAAAACAAAAAGUGGUUGGUUAUUGGGGACCUGUAACAAGUUCUGUGGAUUGGUGCGAAGAAAACUAUACACAUUCUUUUUACAUUGCUGAAUUCUGGAAUACUGUUUCUAGCUUUGCUAUGGUAGUACUUGGAUUCUUAGGCAUUCUUGCACAUCAUCGCUCACUUGGUUGGCGACUGUCUAAUGGAUAUUUGAUGAUUGUAGUUGUAGGGUUUGGAAGUAUAUUAUUUCAUGGUACAUUGCAGUAUGAACAUCAAAUGUGGGAUGAAGUACCAAUGGUAUGGACAGCUUGUUACUUAUUGUGGGUAUUAUUACAAGAAAAUGGAUAUGAACCUAUUCGCUAUGGAGUCGGAAUUAGUUUAUAUUGUGCAUUGGCCACCUAUGUUACCAGUCAAUCUAAAGGCUCCACUCAAUUUUACCUUUUUCAAACAUCGUUUGGCAUAGUCAUGUGGAGUUGUUUAUGGUUUGUGUGGAAAUUGUAUAAGAAUGUACAAAACAAUCAAGUCAUUCGAUUAUUUCAUCAAGGUGGUAAAUUUCUGGGUCUUGCUAUUGGUGUUUGGUUAUUUGAUUCCAACAUGUGUUUUAUUUAUGAUUAUGUUCCUAAUCCUCAACUUCAUGCUUGGUGGCAUGUGCUGAUGUGUAUUAGUCUUCAUUACUUUUUUGUAGCCACUGGAUUUGAACUCAUGGGGACUCAACAACAUCGUAUUACCUAUUAUGCCAAUUGGAUUCCUUAUGUACAACUAUUAGACAAAAUAGAAUAGGAUAGGAUAGCAUAGGAUAGAAUAGAAAGAAUAUGGCUUAGUUAAUUUUGGAUCAAUAGAAAUAAAGAUUCCCCAACAUUUGAAACCGGAUAUGGUAUAAGAUAAAUAUUUGUAUGCGUGUACAAUUGUGUGUCCUGUGAUCUAGGAAUUGGGUUGUUUUAUUGUCAUGAGGGAAAUGAUA